UCAUCUUUUUAUUGUAAAUUAAAAAGAGAAAAUUUAAAACGAAAAAUCUUUCAAAAAAUGGAGACUAUAGCUCCAGAAAGUGAAUUUAAUAAAAUUAUUGAAAAUGGAGAUGAAAAUAAAUUGACUCCAAUGAGAUUAUUUUUUAAAGACAAAUCAGUAUUUUUAACUGGUGGACUAGGAUUCUUGGGGCAGCUGUAUGUUGAAAAAUUGUUAAGAUGUGAUGUCAAGCAUAUUUAUCUAUUGGGACGACCUAAAAAGGGCAAAAGCACUGAAGAACGUCUCAAAAAUACAUUCACUGGAUCGCAUUUCAUGAAACUGUACAACCAUGAUCCUCACUAUUUGAAACGUGUUUCAAUUAUUGAAGGUGAUAUGGGAAGUUUAAACAUGGGAAUAUCAGAAUCCGAUGAAAAAGAACUUAUUGAAAAUGUUCAAAUUGUCAUUCAUGCUGCUGCUGAUGUACGAUUUGAUGAAAAACUAAAAACACUUUUGAUGAUCAAUUUGCGUGGAACUCGUGAAAUUCUUGAACUUACAAUGAAAAUGAAACAAAUUCAAGUUUUUACAUUCAUAUCAACCGCAUUUAGCCACUGUGUUAGAACCUACAUUGAAGAGAAGUUCUACGAUUCUCCUUUAGAUCCAGAUAUUAUGAUUAGACUCGGAGAACAACUUAAUGAUAAGUCUACCAAAGACUUGGAAGUAUUAACAGAACGAAUUAUCAAACCCUGGCCCAAUACCUACACUUAUACAAAAUCACUCACCGAAGAGUUGGUUCGUCAUUAUGGCAACAAGUUUCCUAUUUGUAUCAUGAGACCAUCCAUUGUUAUUUCCACACACGAAGACCCAGUGCCGGCUUGGUGUAAUAAUAUUUAUGGAUUAAAUGGGAUUCUAGUAGCUUGUGGUCUAGGUGUCCUUAGAUUGCUGCCAAUUAAAGAAAAUAAUGUAGGAGAUGUUGUUUGUGCGGAUUUUGUUAUCAAUUCAACUUUGGCUGCUUUGUGGGCUACACAUGAGGAACAUGAACAAGCUAAAGCAUCAAAAGUUAAAGUAGAAAAAGAUCCUGAAAUUUAUAAUGUUUGUACUUCAACUGAUAGACCUGUUACAUGGGGUACUAUCGCUGAAAGUAUGGGUAAUCUUUUCAGACAAUACCCUGCAAAGAGAGUUUUAUGGAAACAUUGUCAUAAUAUUGUUAAUAAUCAAUUUAUGUUCACAUACUUAACAAUUUGGUAUCAUGUUAUACCAGGUCUAAUCACAGAUCUUGCUCUGAAGAUAGGUAAAAAGGAUCUGAGAGUAAUGCCGAUUUAUAGAAAAGUGCAGCGUUUUAUGGUUGCUCUAUCGUUCUUUAUGAAAGUUGACUGGCGUUUUGAUACAACCAACAUGAAACGUGUCAUUCAAAAAAUGACACCUGAAGAUAGGGAAUUCUUCCCCAGUGAUGUUCGUCGAUAUAGUUGGUCAACAUUUUUGUAUAAUUAUUUGAGUGGAUUGAAAGUUUACAUUGGACUCGAAUCACUUGAUGAUGGUGAAAAGGCCAAAGCAAAGUACAAACGAUUAGAAAUGCUACAUUAUUUAGUUUUGUUUUUCUAUUAUGGAAUACAUAUUUUCAUUUUCACAAUGAUCGCUUUAAAAUUAGGAGUUACUACUUAUUUGAAAAACAGUUUAAUUGAGAAUUAUGAGUUUUUAAAAAAUCCUCAAUUAGAAUAUUAAUAAACUUAAGAGUUUAAAUACCUAGUAAGAUUGAC